CCAAAACUAAAUAAACAAAUUUUUGUUUUUACUUUUCAAAUUUGUGUAUAUCGCAAUUUCUAGUAAAAAUAAUUCUUUUAUACUAACAAUAAUGACAACUGAAAAAUCAAAAACUGAAUAUUUAAAGAGAUAUUUAGAAGAUGGGAAAAAGAAAAAGAAGAAGCCUAAGAAAAUUCUCUCAAACCCACUCGUACCAAAAGUAAAAAUCCUAGAUGAAAAUAUCGAUAUUAAAGCCAUUAAAUUUGGUGGAGAAGAAAUUGUGGAAGAAGAAGAAGAAGCUCCUGUAGUUGCAGAAGUAAUAGAUGAAAGGCCAGAAGAAGUUAAAAUAAAAGAAAUAUAUGAGCCUUCAAAGUGGAAAAGAUUGGAUUCUUCACCUAAUAAAAAUGGAGAAUUUCACUCUGAAGACAAUAAAUAUACCUCAUCAGAAUCAAAAAAAUGUAGGAGGCAUGAUUCUGAUAAUGACUAUUCACCACCUCGAAAAAGUCAAAACCAAUCUUCUCGAAUGCGGCAUGAUUCAGAUAGUGACCUCUCUCCUUCACAUAAAACUUCCAUAGCAUCUAAAGAAAGAAAAGGGCGGCAUGAUUCUGAUAGUGAUAUCUCUCCUCCACAUAGAAAUAAGGCAAAUUCACUAGUAAAAGGAAGGCAUGAUUCCGAUAGUGAUAUCUCUCCUCCACGUAGAAAUAGAUCAAAUUCACAAGAAAAAAGAAGACAUGAUUCUGACAGUGAUCUUAGUCCUCCUAGGAAAGUACAGAACAUUAAAGAACAUCGGUACAAAAGAACUAAAGAACCUACUAAUGAUAAGCAUAAAAAGUGUGAUUCAGAUAGUGAUCUUUCUCCUGAAAGGAUUAGACCAUUUCAAAGAAAUAUAAAACAAGAAAAAGAUUCAGAUAGUGAUCUGUCACCUCCAAGGGAAAGAGAUAUUUCAAGAAGUGACAAAGGUGCAAGAAGCCGUCCUACAGAAACAUUGUCUGGAUUGAAAGCUGGGUUACAAAAUGCUACCACUCUUAGAAAAGAAACACAAGAGUUACGAGAAAGAGAGAAGAAACACAUCAGUCAAUUGAAUGAAGAAUUGUCUGGACGAAAUGCUGAGACCAUUGUCAGAGACAAGAAGUCUGGCAAAAAGCGGAAUUUUGAAGGGGAAAUUCUUGAAAAAUUAGAGAAAGAGAAAAAGCAAACAGAAUUAUUACAGAAAUAUGCUCAUUGGGGCAAGGGAAUCGAACAGAGUGAAAGCCAGCAACAGAAAUUAUCUGACGAUCUUUAUGAGAGUAUGAAGCCUCUUGCCAGGUACCAUGGUGAUGAAGAUUUAGAAGAGCAACUUAAGGCUCAGAUCCAUGAUGAUGAUCCUAUGGCUGAAUAUAUUAAGAAGAAAAAGAAAAAAGAAAUCAGUUCUGCAUUUCCUGAAUACAAAGGCCCCCCUCCACCUCCAAAUCGCUUUGGUAUAAAGCCUGGCUACAGAUGGGAUGGAGUUGAUCGUUCAAAUGGUUUUGAACGGAAAUAUUUUGAAAAAAUGACUAAUUCUAAAGCUGUACAAGAAGAGGCAUAUUUAUGGAGUGUACAAGAUAUGUAAUUAUCUGCUCAGAAAUAUAACUGUACAUAAUGUAAAAAAA